CCAGUGCUAGUCACCUAUUAGCUAGUGUUGGCUGACUGCUGUAGUCCUGCUGAUCACCUCCUACCAGUGCUGGACCUCAUCUGCUUCCGAAUCCUGAGAGUACACUAGAAUUGCUGAACUUUGUCUGGACCAAGUCUAGCCUCCAGCACCCUCUUUCCUUACUACUUGCUAAGCCUUGACUGGGCUGAACUAUAGACUUUCCAUUACCCAGUGAGGCUUAGUAACCACCAACCCAAUAGUCCUACUCACCGCGGCUUACUGAACCCUGACUGCACCGGUAGUGUCCGCUGCUGCUCCCUGCUGCUCCUUGAGAGUUGUAGAUCUGACAGAUAGGGGGCGCCUGUGACUUUUCUUUAGGAUCGGAGGUGGGAAUGGCAGCUGGGAGCAUCACCACCUUACCGACAGGGCCCGAGGACGGAGGCAGCAGCCCGUUCCCUCCGGGAAACUUUAAAGACCCCAAACGGCUGUACUGCAAGAAUGGGGGGUACUUCCUGAGGAUCAACUCAGAUGGGAGAGUGGACGGUGCCCGGGAGAAGAACGACUCGCACAUUAAAUUACAGUUACAAGCAGAAGAGCGAGGCGUGGUAUCUAUCAAAGGAAUGAGUGCAAAUCGCUACCUAGCGAUGAAAGAAGAUGGAAGGUUAAUAGGCUUGAAAUGCAUAACCGACGAGUGUUUCUUUUUUGAACGUCUGGAAGCGAACAACUACAAUACUUACCGCUCACGGAAAUACAGCGACUGGUACGUGGCACUGAAGCGAACCGGGCAGUACAAAAACGGAAGCAAGACGGGACCCGGACAGAAAGCUAUUCUGUUCCUUCCAAUGACAGCAAAGAGCUGAUCUUGUGGACACUUCCAACAUUUUGUACAAAACACUUUGUUUAAUAUUAAAGAGAAGAGUAUAAAUGCAUUUCCGAUAGUAUUAAAAUGUGAUUGAGAUAGAAA